AUGACUGGUCGUGGCAAAGGAGGCAAAGGACUUGGAAAAGGUGGUGCUAAACGCCAUCGCAAAGUUUUGCGUGACAACAUUCAGGGUAUUACAAAGCCGGCCAUUCGCCGCCUUGCACGUCGUGGAGGUGUCAAGCGUAUUUCUGGACUCAUUUAUGAAGAGACUCGUGGAGUUCUUAAAGUUUUUCUUGAAAACGUCAUUCGUGACGCGGUUACCUACACUGAACACGCCAAGAGGAAGACAGUUACGGCAAUGGAUGUUGUUUACGCUUUGAAACGACAGGGUCGCACUCUGUACGGUUUUGGUGGUUAAAUUUC